AUGCAGGUGGCGCUGCUCGUCAUGGACCGAGGAGGUGGGAUUCCCUUCGAGCGCCAGCCGCACGUGUGGAGCUACAUGUACUCCACUGCCAGGGGGAAUCGCAUUUGCGGCGACACUGGGAGGAUCCUCGACAAGGGUACCGCUGGCCCCACGCCCUUCAGCGGCUAUGGCGUCGGACUGCCCCUGUCCCGGCUCUAUGCGGAGUACUUGGGCGGUUCACUCCACCUGAUGAGCAUGCCAAAUUUUGGCACUCACGCCUAUGUGUUCCUGCAACAGAGCUCGGAUAGGGAGGAGGCCUUGCCAAAUUAUGUCAACUGGCUGCGGAAGCGAAAACUGCGCGAGGAGAUCCAGCACUAUGAGUCCUCAGAGAAGAUCGCUGCGGCGCCUGGGAGGAAGAGAAUAGAACUGCGGCGCCUAGUUGGAAAGGUGUCUCGGAAUGUGGCAGUUGAGAUCGUAUGA